UUACUUCUUCCCCAAAUGGUCACUGCAUUGCCUUUCUUCCUGUGCACUGCUGCAGAAGUGGAGCAGGUCAAGAUCAUCGUCUCGGUGAUCCCCAUCUUUGCAUGCACCAUAAUCUUCAACACCGUCCUGGCGCAGCUGCAGACCUUCUCAGUCCAACAAGGGAGCGCCAUGAACACCCGACCCGCCAAGUCCUUCCAAGUCCCGCCCGCGUCGCUCCAAGCCAUCCCCUACAUCAUGCUCAUCCUACUCGUCCCCCUCUACGAGACAUGCUUCGUCCCUCUGGCCCGAAGGCUCACGGGAGACGACUCCGGGAUCGCUCCCCUGCAGCGCAUCGGUGUCGGCCUCUUCACCGUCACCUUCUCCAUGGUUGCCGCAGCCGUGAUCGAGAAGAAGAGGAGGGAGGCGUACGUCGACUCCGGCGAGCAGCUCUCCAUCAUUUGGAUCGCCCCGCAGUUCCUCAUCUUCGGGCUGUCGGAGAUGUUCACGGCCGUGGGUCUCAUCGAGUUCUUCUACAAGCAGUCAACGGCAGGGAUGCAGUCCUUCUUGACGGCCAUGACCUACUGCUCCUACUCCUUCGGGUUCUACUUGAGCUCCCUUCUCGUGUCGCUCGUGAACAGGAUCACAUCGAGCUCAUCCAGGGAUGGGUGGCUAAGCGACAAUGACCUCAACAAGGAUAGGUUGGACCUCUUCUACUGGCUACUGGCUGCCCUCAGCCUUGUCAACUUCUUCAGCUACCUUCUCUGCUCGAGAUGGUACUCUGGCAGUCGAUCUCUAUCAGCUAAUCCACCACCAUCUGGUCUCCAUGGUGAAGACAACCACCUCAGUUUCACUUCUUCCUCUAAGCAUGUUGCAGCUGAGGCUAUUCUGUAGAGAGCAGUCAUCAUCCCUUCAGUGAUUUUUUCGUCUUUAAUCUUCACUCUUGAUCUUGUACUAAUAUAAGAAGAAAGGGUAAAAAGAAGAAAAAGAAGCACGAAAUUUAUCGUCUUACUUCUUCCCCAAA